AUGCCCGUGGAGGAGAUUGCACUGCAGCAUUACAAUGAACAAUUCAGAAUCAUACGCGGCCCCGGCCCACAGUUUGACCAAGAGCACCCAAAAAUCAUUGUUACGAGUGUUAUCUCCGUUGGCUUGGCCGCAUUGGCAACUGCUCAUCGCGAUCUCCACUUGAUGCAGCUGGCUCGACGCAAGUAUGCGACGGCGCUUCGGCUUCUUGCACGUGCCAUCCAUGACCCUGAACAGCCGCCCGCGCCGUACACAGUCAUCUCUAGCUUUAAUUUGUCAAUGUUUGAGAUGAUAACGUACGAUAAUCGUUCCGGUUCCUAUCAGUGGCUAAAGCACAUCCAUGGAACGACGGCGUUACUUUAUUCUCUGGGUUUGGCAGAUAUGAAUAUCACGCAGAUGACAGCUGUGAUCCAGUUCUGCUACACUGUCGCUAUGGCCUGCGUAAUCAGCGAGCAAAGAAUCCCGUCCUUUCUUGUUGAUCUGGUACAAUCUGCCAAAACGUCGAAUGAGGAAUCGCGCCAGUCACCACCAGUGCAGCUAUUUCCCCUUCUCUGUAGCCUGGUGGACCUUUACGCCCAGAUGAACCAGGGUCAGAACCAAAGGCAAAGCCAUAUCAUCUCCAAAGUCAUAGAGAUUGAUCGAUCUCUACAGUCCUGGAUGACUUGUCUCCUGUCGCCUUGGACGGAUCCCGUUAACUCCGUGAAAUCACAACAUGGACCCGACGGAUGUUGGAUAGCACGAGUAUGGACUUACUACCGGCUCGGCCGUAUCCUUGCACAUAAGAUCAUUCAAAGCUCCCUCGCUAGGCAGGAGCAGUUGGUAACUUGGGCUUUGAGCGAUGUAUCCUGGGCGCAAUCCAACGGACUAUCCGCUGAGGUGUCGCAAAUGUCCAGUGAAAUCUACGACUGCAUUCCUGCGAUGUUGGGAUCAGUAGACCUCCACGAGAAGCCGUCUCCGUGCCUGUCAUCGAAUGUUUUCUUUCUCAUUACCAUUUUGCAGGCGUUGAUGAAGUUGACUGAUAAGAUGACUGUGGUUAGUAACUGGUCAGCGCAGUUGUGGAGAUUAAAUGGGGAGGAUUUUGGUGUUAUGAAGGAACUGGUUAUGAUGCGUCUUUGUUAG